AAAAAGGGGGGGGGGUGCUUUCCACUUGGCGCCGGUGCCGUACCGCGCCGCUAUCCCAGCUCGAACUCCCUCGGUGUGCCCGCGAGCAGGAUUUGACCCCCGCGAGGCGGACGCGGCUGCUCUCUGCUCGCUUUGCUUUGCUGCAGUGCGAUCACCUCAUCUGACACACAAGUUCAGCCGCCAGGCUCGUUCCUCUCUGGAAAGCUCCGCAUCGGGACUACUGACGCAUUUCCACACCGUGGACGGUUCACUCCGACAGGACGAAGUGCUGCGUUUUAGAAAUGCCGGUGCGCGAGAUCAACUUUUUUUUCUUGAUAGUUGGCGUGAGUUUCGAAGGUGUUUUCCGGUGUUGGUGUGAGCUUGACGCAGCGGCGUCUGAGCGACCGCUCCCACGCGUCAUUUCGGGGCGUGGACGCCGAGUCCUGCCUUUCGUCUGAGAAGAAAUGUGACGUGCCGAGUGGAUGAGAAACGACGGCCGAGCUGCUGGAAAAGAAGAACAUCAAGGAACAGCAUUGUCCUUCUUAUAAUCAAUUGGGUUGACAGUAUCUGUCGAGAGAGUCACGCACUUGUUCAUUCCAAUAACAUGAAGGGAGUGCAGACUUAUUUUUCAUAAACUCUCGUGUUUAAAGUACUGCAUAUGUAUACAUUCUGUGUAUAGCACAUUUCAACUGCCACAUGGUCACCAUGACAACAGACGAAGCAGAGAGUCACCAGAAGAAGCCGAGGCAUCAGGAGGAGGCCGGCCAGGACGCAAAGCCGUCCUCUCCGGAAGAGGAACACCUGCGGACUCGCAACCGCAACUCGGUCGGCCGCGGCCUCUCCCGCCUCUUCUCCUCCUUCCUCAAGAGGCGCUCGCAGUGCGAGAGCGAGGGAGGGGAGAAGGGGGAGGAGGAGGAGGAGCAAGAAGCCAAAGCUCCCAUUGCUGACCCUGAACCCGAACUGAAGAUUGAGGGAGAGGUGGCCCACGACCGGCACUCGGUCAGCAGCGCCGAGGCUCAGGCUGCCCAUGUAGAAAAGAACGAAGCUGAGGAGGGUGGAAAAGACAAAGAGCUCAACAAGGAGAACGCAGAGGUGGCGACACUGGAGAAAGAGGAGGAGGGGAAGGAGGAAGGAAAGGAGGCUGGUUCUGAAGGGAGCAGUCACGGCGAGAAAGAAGAGAAGGCCACAGAGGAGGAGUCCCAAACUCCCAAAGCUCCACGUCGCCCCAAAACCAUGCAGAUUAAAGUCACCCUGCUGGAUGACACUCUCUAUGAGUGCGAGUUGGAGAAACACGUCAAGGGCCAGGAGCUGUUCACAAAAGUAUGCGACCACCUCAAUCUGCUGGAGAGGGACUAUUAUGGGCUGCUCAUCUGGGAGACGCCCAAAGCCAAGACUUGGAUGGACCUGGACAAGGAGAUCCGCAGGCAGGUGCAAGGUUCCCGCUAUGAUUUCACGUUCAAUGUGAAAUUCUACCCGCCGGAUCCAGCCCAGUUAUCGGAAGACAUCACAAGGUAUUACCUGUGCCUCCAACUACGUAAGGACAUCCUGCAAGGGCGUCUGCCCUGCUCAUUUGUCACCCUGGCCUUGCUUGGCUCCUACGCUCUGCAGUCAGAGUUGGGCGAGUAUGACCCCGAGGUGCACGGCAGUGAUUAUGCCAAGGAGAUGAAGAUGACUAAUGGGCAGAGCAAGAAGCUUGAGGAGAAGAUGAUGGAGCUUCACCGCACUUACAGGUCAAUGAGUCCGGCUCAGGCUGACAUGAUGUUCCUGGAGAACGCAAAGAAGCUGUCCAUGUAUGGAGUUGACCUACACCAGGCUAAGGAUCUCGAUGGCGUCGGCAUCAUGCUGGGAGUUUGCUCCAAUGGGUUGAUGGUUUAUAAAGACAAACUGAGGAUCAACCGCUUUCCCUGGCCCAAAGUCCUGAAAGUCUCCUACAAGCGCAGCAGCUUCUUCAUCAAGAUCCGCCCAUCUGAGGUAGAGCACUAUGAGAGCGCGAUAGGCUUCAAACUACCUCACUACAAAGCAGCCAAGAAACUGUGGAAAGUGUGUGUCGAACAUCACACCUUCUUCAGGCUGACAUCCACCGAGAUGGUCGCGACUCCCAAGAAGUUUCUGCCUCUGGGCUCCAAAUUUCGCUACAGCGGUCGAACUCAGGCUCAGACCAAACAGGCCAGCUCCCUCAUUGACAGACCGGCGCCUCUUUUCCAGCGCACUUCCAGUAAGAGGAACUCCCGCAGCAUGGAUGGAGCCAUGGCAUCCACCCCAGACAACAAAUCCACCCGCCCAGUCAGCGCGCCUGUCAUGUCGCCGCUGUCUCCUGGGGAGAAGGCGCCGCCGUCGCCGCUGCUACGCAGCCUUCAUCCGCCCAACCGCAGCAACGGCGCCGCGCCCAAGUUCCGCCGCUCUGCCGACAGGAAGACCGAGGUGAAGGGCCACGGUCGGAAAACCGAACCCACCAAAACCCCGAGCCCCAGAGCGGAGUCCACUCCAGAAUUGAAGACGUCGGCCGGGAGAGAACGGAGACGUUCGCCCUCUGUGACCGCCGCCAAUGGGGAACGGGAGAAAAAGACCCAGCAGUGUCCUCGGGACAAAUCAAAGAUGGAGACCACGCGAGUGAGGAAGAAACGGGCUAAGAAACUUGAGGGUGAAACUAUUUAUAUCAGACAUAGCAAUUUAAUGUUGGAGCUUGACCCGAAAGGCUUGGCAUGCACCAUUUUCCUCUCUGACUCUGAUGACGUGGAUAAGACCCAGACGGAGAUCAUGCGUCACCACACAAGCAUCAGUGAGUUGAAGAGGAGUUUCAUGGAGUCCGUCCCAGAGCCUCGACCCAGCGAGUGGGACAAGCGUCUUUCCACCCACUCGCCUUUCCGCACGGCGAGCAUCAACGGCCAGCUGCCACCAGCGUCUCCAGUGCUGAAGACCCAGACAAUCACCAUCUCGGAUGUCACCAACUCUCUUCGAGGAACCGUGGCCCUGAAGGACAUCCCCUUGGUUCACACGGAGACAAAGACGAUUACAUACGAGUCAGCCCAGCCGCUGGACCCCUUUGCGGACAGGGACUCGGGAGUGCUCCUGAGUGCCCAGACCAUCACAUCCGAGACGAUAAGCACCACCACCACCACCCAGAUCACCAAGACGGUGAAAGGAGGCAUCUCAGAAACUCGCAUUGAGAAGAGGAUCGUCAUUACCGGAGACACCGAAAUUGAUCAUGACAAGGCUUUGGCCCAGGCUAUAAAAGAAGCCAAAGAACAACACCCGGAUAUGUCGGUCACCAAAGUGGUUGUCCAUCAAGAAACGGAGAUUUCCCCCGAGUGAGAGCGGCUCAUCCCUCGCAAGCGCAGAGGCGCGGGGCUCUUUUUUCCGGGCGCUGCGCUUUUUUUCUCCCCCGUUCCCCCCCAAAAACAUUGUCCCGAUCGGUGUGAGUGUGAGCGCGGACGGUUGGUUGUCCAGGCGUGCCCCCGCGAUGGGCUGGCGACCGCUUCAGGGUGUGCUCGGAAGCGGCUUGGAAAACGAACGAAUGAAUGAAUGGAUGGAUGACUCUUAUCCCAAUCCCCUCAGAGGCCUCCCUCCCCCUUCCCCACCUCCCCCACAUCACACCCUUUUGACCUCAGAGCGGCGAGCGCCUUUGACAUGAACCUCCAGACCACAUCGGACGGACCGACUCCCUGACGGAACCUCGGGAAGUUGUGCUCCAGGGGCUCGCCGGGAGAAAUUUCCCGCUCCUACUCGACUUCCUGCCAAAACGCCGUCCCACCGGCUGUUCCCCAACAACGUACCUUUUAUAAGGAACAAAAAAAAAAACACUUGUGAAAUGAGACGGAGAACAUUUUUCCAAAAGGGGCAUUUGGUCUUUUAAUCUUUGUGAUGACGGAACUUUAUUUUUGUAGAGCUUUUCUUACAAUCCCAAUUGGUUCGCGAUCAUGUGGGGCAACGCCGGGUUUGUUUCUUUGUUUGUUUCUUUGUUUUUAAUUUAAGCAAUGUGAUCCAAACACGGCGAAUGUGGCUGAUUGUACACAUCCAGACUCAAGGUUCCUUCCCCGCUCGCUUUGAUUUCUUGUACAGUACACGAAUUGGUAUCGCGGGUUCCCUUUUAAUGUGAAGAAAUGUUUUGUUUUUUUUUCUUCUUCUUCAAUGUGGAAAAGAAUCUUCCCUUUCUUGACACCCCCGUUUUGAGCACUUGUUCACUUCUUGUUUGCUUUGCUCUUGCUGUCGUGUUUGCGCCGGAGACUCGGACGUUGAUUUCUGCUCACCUCCGCCGCCCGUCGGAGGC